CAGAGAAGUAGGAGAAAAAAUUGCAUGAAAGAUAUAAAUAUGUUGUUUUGUUUAUAAACAUAAACAAGUGCAUUUGCUGUACAAUAUGUUUUCCUAAACUGUUGCUAUCAUAGUUGUGUGCAGACGUGUACUGACAGAAGCCACUACAACGAAAACGACCCGACCCGGCCGAAAGCCGCACAUGCGCACGGGAUAGUGGCCGCCAUCCGCAAAUUAAGACCUGACGUAGCACAAACUCUGCGCACUCGGAAUCACGAUAAAUAAAUCAGAAGAACGAAAAAUAGAAAAGAAGUGCGAAUAUACGUAACGAUUGCUACCAAUACCAUACGAUACGUCGAUUGACGUGUUCAGGAGAGAACCACCAGCCGCGCUCUGUCAUAACAAAUCGGCGCUUUUGCGAUGUAAACAUGAACGAACGUAAGAUAUUGUUUUUCAUUUUUUCAUUGUUAUUUUACUGUUUUUACUGCGUUAACAUGUGGUUCAUGACAUACAACGGGAACAAGGACGCGGUGGAUGACAGGAAAACGAUUAAGUCUGUGCCAGAAAUAAUUGAGAACAAAUCAGAAGCAAAGGCUGUUUUGAAGACAAAGAACAUUCCAUUGUUUGUGAAAGACGUGUGCAGUACGUUGCAAGUGUUUACGGAAAAACCAUUAGUUAAACGAAAGAAAACUAGCAAAGAAAACAAAGAAAAUAUGGAACCUGAGAAUAAUACCAUUACAGCUAUAGGAAUUACUACAUUUCUUAUUAUAUUAAUCUUAAAUGCUGUACUAGAUGUUCUUAAAGCCAAAGAAGAAGAGAGAGCGAGGAUGAAAUUAAAUCCUGACGGUGGACGAAGACAUUCUUUAGCGGAGUUCGCUAACAAGAAGACAUUGAGGAGAGAAUCGAGCAAGUUUGGUCUCCAGCUAUUUCAGAUAGCAGAAACGGUAGUCUCGGACGACAAAGGAGAAAGUAACAAUGCAACCCGUCGUGUUCCUUACAAGAGAGGUGAAUCCAUCAACUCUUAUCUGAGUGACAAGAAAGGCCCAGUAGAAUGUUCAGCGCCGGCGUCUGUUGAGACGCCAGUUUCUGAAGCAAAAGCUGUCAAAAGACAAUCCGUUGCAAAACUAUUUGAUAACAAGUUGCAGUGGUUGCCACAAAGACCCAUCUAUAAUUAUUUCCACUGCGAGUUUAAAUUCUGGCGAAAUCCUGACUUGAAGACUAUACCGUAUUCACUUUGGUAUCACAUGUUUCGUGACCAACAAACAAGAAGCCUUAACAUAGGAUGUUUGAACAUAACUGAGGACCACCGUGUUUCAAAGAAUAGGACAUGUCGCUUAAAAAUACACCAGGAAUGUGGGGAAUAUGAAAUUGAUAUUAACUGUCCUCCACAACAUAACAAUAUUGUCGAAACUGGAUCUCAAUUACCACCAAGCCUCUACGAACUAACAAAAAGAGUCGCCUAUCAAAUGAUUUCAAAAGCUAUCACACAAUACACAACAUAUUUUAACAUAUAUUCAGAUAAGAAUAGUUAUUACUUAGACAAUAAUAAAAGCUAUGAUGCAUUAUCUAACCUCGAAAAAACUUUCAACAAUUUCGAAAUUGACAAUAAUGUUGAAACAUUUUCUGUAAGCAAAAAUGAAAUGAAACCUGCAAAUUGUACUGAAUAUCUGUACACAAAAAAUGAAAGAAGAAAUUAUUACGUACCCAGAGAUAUUAUAGAAAAAUGUUAUUCAUUUCUACCAUAUUUCAUUAAAAAUGAACUGUCUAAUGGACCUAUUUCUAAAUGUGAUAACGCGUACUGCAAGAAACCAAUUUUCGAUUAUGUUAUCUACGAAUUUUGCAUAGAGAAAAUUAUACUGAUCGAAAGCAUUGCAGAUGUUAUAUUAAAUGCAAACUUUUGCUCAAAAUCCUGCGCUGACUUUUGGAAAUUAGGAAAACAAAAUAUGAUUUCAUGGAGAUUGUUAAAUCAAUAAAAAGUGUG